AUGCAAUUCGGUACAUUCUUUGGCAUGCUGCCCCUGCUGGCCAGCGUCCUAGCCACUCCCAUCGACAUCCAAGAGACCACAGACUUGGAGCUCCUCACGACAGAUGUGACGCCUUCGUCACCGCUGCUGAAGCGCGAUUCGUGCCAGGUGCUUGACUCUGUGCUGGAUCGCAUCGGCACGAGCAGCGAGGUGGUUGUGUAUGCCAGCACGGGAGGCCUCACGGCGCUGUACGUGUGCAGGCGUAACCAUGGCCAUAACUGCGACGAGCUCGCUGCCGCCAUUGCUGGGGCCAUUGCCAGCGUCUUCCUCAUCCUGAAGCGCACGGGUGCUAUCUCUGCACGGGAUGGGCAGCCCGUCGAGUCGCUGGUCGACUUCCUUAGUCGGGAGUUUGGCGAGGACGGCGCAACAUUCGACUCUAUCAAGGACGCAACGCCGCACGCCCUCGCGCGGUACGAGUCCGGAGAGCGCAGGCCCGUCGAGGUUGCUAGCAUCCAGGGCUUGACGUCGGGCAACAGCACCAUCAACAUGGACGUCUAUGACUUUGGGAACGGCGACGGCCAUAUCUACCUGCCUCACGAUGUCCUGACCAAGCGCGGCGGCGACGACGACUUGGCCUCUCGUUUUGAGAAGCGUGCUAGCGCCCCGGGCUUCAAGGUCUCGUACACCACCCGCAUCAGGUCCAAGCUCACCAGGACUCAUCAGAUCAGCAUGUCGCAGAAGCUCUCUCGCUGGUGGGCGAAUAGGGCGAAUUGCUGCAACAUGCACGACAUGAUUGGCUUCGUCGAAACCGGACACGCUGCAAACUUCUACUAUAGGAUCAUUCCGGAAACCGUCAACUUCGGCCUCAAUUACGAGACGGUCGAUUCUUGCGGACAGAUGGCUCGUUUUCUGUAG